UUUUAAAAGAGGGCCUACACCAGCAAACUAUUUGUUGAAGCUAAGUAUUGGAUGCGCUCGUGUCUAUGCGGAUCAAUUUUCCGUCUCCAUUAACUCAUAAUUAUAUGAGAAAAAAAAAAUAUAUGGUGAAAAAAAAAAUCCGGUGAGGAUCAAGACGAGCUGUGUAUAUUUAGCAAAUUGUGAUUAAUGGUGGUCUAUAUAUUUGUGUUGGUGAUGCUUCAGAAGUUCAGUUUAGGGUUUCAGGGAAAGAAAUAGUUCUCUCUUUUAGUCUGAGUCAUGGCCAUUGAAGCUUUGAAGCAGCAGCUUACUGGCUUGCUUGAACAGAUGUACAGAGAGGGCUGUUUGGAUGAACAAUUUCACCAACUUCAGUUGUUACAAGAUGAAAGCAAUCCUGGUUUUGUUGCAGAAGUCAUCUCAUUAUUCUGCGAUGAUUCUGAGAAGAUAUUAACUGAAUUGACCAGAAUCCUUGCUCAAGAUGUUGUUGAGUUCAACAAUAUUACUGCCUUUGUUCAUCAACUGAAGGGAAGUAGCUCAAGCAUAGGUGCACAUAAGGUCAAACUUGCUUGCAACAAGUUUCGUACUUGUUGUGAAAACACCAACAAAGAAGGGUGUCAAGAAGCCUUGGAUCUGGUCAAGCAAGAUUUCUAUACCUUGAGGACUAAAUUUCAGAACUUUGUCCAGUUGGAGCAGAAGAUACAAGCUCUUGAAAAUGGUCAAAUGUGAAACUACCAAUGCUUCUAUCGAUUCCUUUUAUUAAAUCAAAAUUUGAAAAGUUGGCGGGUACAAUGCUUCUGUGUAUCUGCAAAACAUUGGAUUUUGCCCUCUGAUGGGUUUUGGGUGUGAUUUUGGUGAGAGUGGUCUGCAUAUCUCAAAAAUGGACCUCAGUUGAUGAUAAACUGCUUGUCAAAGAUUCCAGAUAUAUAAAUUAUAAGUAUUACAAUACAUGUUGAGCUUGCGGCUUUACUG